CGCAUAAAAAUUGUAAACAAACACAAACGCAGUUGACAAAUACAAUCGCAUUCUAUGCGUAAUUAUGUCGUGAGCGGCAACAGGUGGCGAGUGGUCGCAUCUAAAGCAAACGGUUAACUUCAAUCCAAUAUGGCGGCAUCAAAGAGCAUUAUUCCCAGCACCGUAAAUCCCGAUCUGCAGAAGGAACGCGAUGCAGCCAGCUUCAACAGCGAGGAGUUCGCCGCUUGGUGGGCGGGAGGAGCCGAAACACUGAAGUUCAAGCGGGGUAUCAAGGAAUACAUGUACAAGGAAUUUGAUAAGGAUGCUUUUAUCCACUUGCAAUACAUGUCACAUGAACAAGUGAGCGAGUUUGCCAUUAAAAACAGUAUUGCGGUGGCUAAAAAGUUGCGCCAAUUGCAAGCAGAGCGCAAUCCAGGGGGCGACGAUUACUGGCCCACGCUCUUUGAGGCGCCCGAGUUGUGGGGCGUUCAUCUGGCGGGAAAUCCCUUUGGAGUCAUGUAUGUGAUGGUUGUGCGUGCUCUUAAGUCGCAAUGCACUCCGCAGCAAUGGGAGGAGUUUGGCAAGCGUGUGGAACGCUUCGAGGUGUGUGCCACCUACGCUCAGACGGAGCUGGGACAUGGCACCUACUUGCGUGGCCUGGAGACACGCGCUGACUACGAUCGCGCCACGGAUGAGUUUGUGCUCAAUACACCCAAGAUUUCGUCCUACAAAUUUUGGCCUGGUGGCUUGGGACACGCCUCCAACUAUUGCGUGGUCAUGGCACAGCUGUAUAUCGACAAUCAGUACAAGGGACCGCACAUGUUCUUCGUCCAGGUGCGUGAGGAGGGAAGCCAUGAGCCGCGUCCCGGCGUCCACAUUGGCGACAUUGGCCGAAAGCUGGGUUUUGUGGGUGUGAACAACGGUUUCCUUGGCCUCAAAAAUGUGCGCAUCGCACGCACUCGCAUGCUAAUGAAGCACGCCCAGGUGCACAGCGACGGCACCUAUGUUAAGAGUCCGGCCGAUGUGCUCACCUACUUUGCCAUGGUCAGCACACGCUGCAUCAUUGCACGCAACUGUGCUCUGAGUCUUGCCAUUGCAUCCACCAUUUCCACCCGCUAUUCCGCCGUGCGUCGCCAGAGUCCCAUUAAUCCCAAAGAACCCGAGCCACAGAUCAUUGAUCAUGUCACACAGCAGCUGAAGCUCUUCCCUGAGAUUGCUGCCGGUGUCGCCUUCCGUUUGGCCUCCGAUUAUCUGUGGGACUUGUUCAAUGUGACGAGCAGCGGCAUUGAGCAGGGCAAGUAUGAGAAUUUGCCUGAGCUGCAUUCCCUCUCUUGCGCCUUGAAGGUACUCUGCUCCAGCGAUGCCACAGCUGGCGUUGAGCGAUUGCGUUUGGCUUGCGGUGGUCAUGGCUAUCUUGCCUCCACCAAUCUGGCCAAUAUCUAUGUCAACAUAACAGCUGCCUGCACCUAUGAGGGCGAGAACACGGUCCUUCUGCUGCAGAUUGGACGCUAUCUGAUGAAGUCCUGGCGUGCUGCACUCGGCGGUGCUACAUUAGCACCUACUGUGAAAUACUUGGCGGAUGUCCAACAGAAUCCUGAGUUUGGGGAAUGGACUGGCAACUGGGAGAACCUGGUGAAAGCGAUGCAGUUUGCAGCUGCCAAGAAGACACAGCUGGCUUUCAAUAGUCUGGCCAACCGAGUGGCCAAUGGCGUAUCCGAGGAAGCGGCUGCCAACCAAACGGGCAUUGAACUCACCCAGGCGGCAGAGCUCCAUGGUCGCGCUUUUCUGUUCCACUCGUUCCUCAAUGAGAUUACCGGUCCCAAGUCCAAGAAGCGCUCAUCGGCGUUGAAUCGUGUGUUGGAGCAGCUUUUGGAACUUUACCUCGUCAACGAAACCCUCAAGAACCUGAGCAGUAUUCUUCGGUUUAUCAACUUGACGGACAGCGAUUUGAGCAAACUGCAAUCACGACUAGAGACCGCCUUGAGCAAAAUACGUCCCGAUGCAGUGGCUAUUGUGGAUGGCUUCGAUUUCAGCGAUCGCCAAUUGAACUCCACAAUUGGUUCCUUUGAUGGCAAUGCUUAUGAACGAAUUUUCGAUGCCACUCUAAAGUCGCCAAUGAACCAGAAAUCGGUGCCAAAGAGCUUCCACGAACAUUUGGGGCCAUUUAUGAAGUCCAACAUGUAAUAUUUUAUUCUGUUUUUGUAUAUAUUUUUAUUUUAUUUGUUACAAAUAUUAUCUUUUUAAACUGC